AUGGAGACCCAGGAGGAUAGCAUCGACCUGGCAAAAUUGCAACGCGACGCGUUGGGGCUAGAGCACGAUCCAUCUCAGCCGUACAUUUCCGGGUCGACAAAAUUCAGCAGCGAUACGAAGACCACGUACUGCUAUACCUCCUACGAAGUCAAAGGCACUGCCAAUGGUGCCAGUGAAAAUCUACCCCCGAAAACGCCAAUAACCCCAGCGAGCCAUUUGCAUCGACAUCAACGCCCUCUAUCUCGAAAUCGGCAGCAUGAAGCACGCAUAAUGAUGCCCACUCAAACCGGUUACGAGCCGGGCAGCAUAUCCGGAUCACAAUUCGGUAACGUGAGCUCCGCAGACACGGCUCCUGGAGAUACCCAGGUUGUCUCGCAGUCCGUGUACGACAGUCUCAUCAGGCAAAAUGAACAAUCUAUGCGUCAUUCGCAAACAGGGGCCGAUGGAGCAACGCUAAGGACAUUGUACGAGGGAGACAGCGGCCAUAUCGAUCUCAUUUCCGAACUGGAUGGUGCACACCAUCCAACGAACCCCUCCGAAAAUGACGACGAGAACGAUCAAGAGAGCGCAUUCGACCCGAGCGAGUCGUCUCCGACGGUCUAUGCAGCCGACCUCUUCCCUGAGUCACAACGCUUCCUAGCCGAAACACCCGGGACGGAGGUGAGAAAGAAUGGGGCGAACGGAGUGACGACACAGACCCCGAGCAUCUCACGGAAUCCGCUGGCGGGUAGCAUUGCGUCUAGUGGUGGCCUUCUUGGCCUGAGCCAGGUAUUCGGGGCUACCCAGGCUCCGUCGUCGCCCAUCGUUCAUGGCCUGCAGACAGAUUUUGUUUCGGAUCGCCCAUCACCCAAUAUCCCGAUUCAACGGGUUCGUGUCGCCAAUGGUAUAUCGUCGCCAAUGGCGGGUCUCCCUGCCCAAUAUAUGAGGGAAUCAUCCGAACCGAAUAUGAACUACAUAUCGAUGCAGGAGUCGCAGAAAAAGCGUGACCGGACUUUGGGGGAGAGGUUGACUCGCUCCGCUGAUCAUUUCCCUUCGGACCAGAGUGACAAGGAAUUUUAUAAAGAGUCCAGCUUUAUCCAGCGUGCAAGGCGGCAGCGAGAGAUUGACGAGGAAGCUCCGGCCCAGUUCGCCGGCCUCAGUGCUCCUGCCCGAUCUACGUCCGCCAGACCACAAACUACUCCCGCGCAGCCGCUGGAACCUCAAGAUGACGAAAUGAUACACGUUGUUGCCAGCGAAGAAGAAACCGAACAGGAGGAAGAGCUGCAAGUGCCGAGGUCACAAGAGCCCCUUCAUUCUACAGCCGAAGAAGACAAGGAGAAUUACGACGGGCCUCCUCUGGAUGCCGCUGCCGCCGCAAGUGCCCACGGCCGCCUUUCUCAGGUGCUGGGCUUUGAGCAAAUUCCCUCGCCGUAUCAUGUGACAACCGAUGAAGAAGUGAAUGCUGACAUGGCUCGCGCAGGCUCCUUCGUCUCCCACAAUGAAGGUCAGCCUACUGGUGUUUCGCGUUCUUCCCAAGUGAUGGUUAGAGACUCCCAGCCAUCACCUCAAGCUUCACCGAAACGCACGGAACCCGAAGAUGAUAUGAAUGUUCCUCGGUCGCUCGCGCACUCUUCUGAAAAUCCCUCUGCACACGAGCGUCUCCAAUCCUCGCCUCCCUGCUCGCGCCCACAGUCAAUACAUUCGAACAGCAAUAGCCAGAGAAGUGGCUCCGUGUCCAAUGAAAUCGCCGUUGAGCCUGUGAAGAGCUUACUACUGAAGGAGAGCGGCCACACUUACUCCAGCGACCACGUCGAGCAACGACCUGCAAGCUCAUCGCAUCGCAGGACGGACACAGGGGCUGGAGAUGACCCAUCAUCAAUACUAUCACAUGUGACUGAGACACCUGUCCAUCAACGCCUCAAGUAUAUUGGUGAUAUGGCGCGAUUGACGAGCAUUCCGGAGACAAGCCCCAGCCACUCCCAAUGUAAUUCUGAAACUGGAUCCAAUGGAGAUGGGCUGAACAACGAAGAUGACGAUCUGCCACCCAUGUUCAAUGGUGUCCCAAGUAUCACAACCAACCACACCCGUCCAGAUGGGCCGAGGGCACUCUCCUCACCACUUAAAAAACUGUUGUCGAGCCCAGGCGGGGGCCAGCGCAGAGCUCUGACUGAAAUUGCGGCGGAUCUCUCACCGCAGGUCGGAAUGGGAGGAUUUGAUAUGGGUGAAAUAUUCACCACCGAAGAUCAAGAGUUCAGAGCCCUGAUCGAUGGAUCGCCGACUCGACCGAAGAAGAAGCGUCGUGGGAACGAUGGCUCGAGUUAUAUAGCAUCUGACCCUAUCAUACCUGUCACCCCUCGCCUGCAACCUCCCAAAUUUGUUGCGCCCAUUCGGGCAUCCCAGAAUCGUCCAGUUCCUAUCCCCGAAGAGGAUGAUGAUGAGGCGCCUUUGGUACAAGUCCCCGAAACCACGGUGCGAAGACAAUCGAAGCCUCUGCGAAAAGUCCCCGGAAAUGUUUGGGAAGUAGAAGGUUCACCUGAACAACCCGUCCAUCGAAGAUCAAGAAUCAGCAUGAAAGCUACAUCGCGGUCUAUGCAAGAGAAGCAUGCCCCACCGACAAGCUCUGGACUUGCUCCGCGACCGGCAUCCCCACCAAAGGCCGUUGCUCCUAAUCGACCACCGCUCCCAUCCUCAGAACUCACCGAGGUCUCAUCAGCCAUUGCCUCAGACGAUGUCGUUGGGUCAGAGGCUUACAGUGUCAAUGAAGCCCCUACCACGCCUCGGCCAUCUCACGCCUCACCCGAUCACGCCCAGAUUGCCCCAAGCCAAGUGCUUGCGGUAUGGAUGGGUCAGAAACGAGCAUAUUUCCCAGCCACUUGCUUUGGCACACCACUGGGUGUAUCACAAUCUAGAUACUCUGUCAAAUUCGAGGACAGUUCUCCUGUCGAUGUACCGAAGGGUGCCGUCAAGAGAUUCGAGCUUCGUAUAGGGGACUGUGUCAAAAUCGAGAUGGAAAAUGUUCCAAAGGUCACUCACGUCGUCCGUGGGUUCGACGACAAACUCACUGGAGAAGAACUGGCUCGAGCCGCUGCGGACGGUCUUUAUCCUAUCACUGAUAUUUACGGUCACACCACGGUCAUAGUGGGCCCCAAGCAGCGCAAAAGCCUGCCAAAUGGUGGUCUGAGCAACAGCGAGAAUGUGAUCAAAGUGCCCAUCGCUCGUGUCUAUCUUGAUACUAUCCUGUGGAAUCAACUGAAAGAUCGGGUGUACACACAUCGACCCGCACCCGUUCGCCAAGAGAGCAAGGCCCAGACCCCACCUGAGAGGUCCUCUGUGUCUGCUUCUCCCGGUUCUCGGUUAUCGCGCAGUAUGUACCAAGGUGACGGUAUCUUCGCGGGCAUGGCAUUCGCAGUCUCUUACAAAGAAGACGAAGCAUCUAAGAAUCGCGUGACCAGCCUGAUUAUGGAAUAUGGGGGCACUAUAUUACACGAAGGCUUCACUGAAUUGUUUGACGCUUCAUCUAUUGUUCCCAUCGAUACCCCCAGCAAAGGCGCGACGAAAGAAGCCAAUAAAUCUGCUCAGGGCCUCCGUCUCGCCCCCUUUGCAGCUGAUGUUGGCUUUACUUGCUUGAUCGCCGACACUCACUCCCGAAGGGAAAAAUACAUGCAAGCACUCGCCUUGAAUCUCCCAUGUCUGUCCGGGCGGUGGGUGGAAGACUGCAUUGCCCAAGGCCGCGUCCUUGACUGGGACAUCUAUCUCCUCCCAGCCGGCGACUCAAAGUAUCUGAACGGAGCAACCAAAUCCAGAAUCAUGGCCCCAAACCCCCCAUCCACAGCCCGUCUCGCCGAAACCAUCUCAUCACGCAAAAAGUUACUCGCAGACCAAUCAGUCCUGCUCGUCAUGGGCCGCGGCAAAGCAGAAGAAAGGAGAAAAGCUUACAUCUUCCUCACCUAUGCCUUAGGUGCAACCCGAGUCGAGCGUGUCCCAGAUCUCGGCACCGCCAAAGCGCUGCUGGACUCGCAGUCUGAGGCUGGUCUGCAAAGUACCUGGGACUGGAUUUAUGUUGAUGACACAGACCAGGCUGCGGCGGAGUCGAUGUUGACGCCGAAACCAAAACAGCAGAGGAUUCACUUGUUCCAUGGGAAGAAAAGGAAGAGGUCUAUUGCGCCGUCGGCUACUCCGGUGCCUAGUGAGUCUAGGUCUACUGCGCGGGUUGUUGGGAAUGAGUUUGUUUGUCAAAGUCUGAUUCUGGGAAGGUUGUUUGUGGAGUGA